AUGGAGCAGAUCCUCCUAGAAGGCAUGCAAAGGCACAUGGAGGACAGGGAGGUGAUUCAAGAUACUCAACAUGGCUUCACCAAGAAUCAAGGAACCAUACAAAAAGUUGUUGUCCUACCCACCAACUUCUCUGCAAGCGGAGAACUCAUUUUAGAAGAGCUGGAGGUUUUUCAGAGUAAUUCUCCUAUAACAACAAUGAAGAUUUCAUCUAAAAAGCAACAGUUGUACGUGAGCUCAGACGAAGGGGUCACCCAGGUGUCCCUGCAUCGCUGCCACAUCUACGGGACCGCCUGCGCUGACUGCUGCCUAGCCCGAGAUCCAUACUGCGCCUGGGAUGGCAACUCCUGCUCCAGGUUUUAUCCCACAGGGAAAAGGAGGAGUCGUAGGCAAGACGUGAGACAUGGAAACCCUCUGACUCAGUGCCGAGGUUUCAACCUGAAAGCAUACAGAAACGCUGCAGAAAUAGUUCAGUAUGGAGUAAAAAACAACACCACCUUUCUCGAAUGCACACCCAAAUCUCCCCAGGCUUCUAUUAAAUGGCUGCUACAGAAAGACAAUGACAGGAGGAAAGAGGUCAAGCUGAACGAUAGGAUCAUAGCUACUGAGCACGGACUCCUCAUUCGCUCUGUCCAAGACAGCGACCGAGGGCUUUACCACUGCAUUGCAACAGAGAACAACUUCAAGCAGACCUUGGCAAAGAUCAAUUUCAAAGUGUUGAAUCCCGAGAUGGUGGCCUUCAUGACUGACAAGUGGUCCCCUUGGACCUGGGCCAGCUCAGUGCGAGCGCUGCAGUUCCACCCAAAGGACUUUGUGGGAGCUUUCAGCCACUCAGAAAUGCAGAUGAUUAACCAGUACUGCAAAGACAGUAGACAGCAAGGUCAGCUGAGGGAAGAAGCCCAGAAGAUGAGAGGGGACUACAGCAAACUAAAGGCCCUUAUCAAUAGUAGGAAAAGUAGAAAUAGAAGAAAUCAAUUACCUGGAUCUUAAUUUUAUUUUGUAGCAAUAGAUAUCUUUGUCCUUACUGUAGGGGACUUAUAUUUGUCUCUUGAGAACAAAUUUGAGCAAAUCUGAUGAAAAAUUAAAUGAAAAUCCAGCAAGCCUCAGAAAAGAUUCUCCUCCCAAUAAAAUGCAGUGUAACUUAACUAAAGAAAAUAAUGCAGAGCAUUUACUUUCCUGGUUGCUUACUGACACUAGGUUGGGCUCUGUCCUAGAAGCAGAACUGAGUAUUCGUCUUAAACCAGAUUCACAUUUAACAUCUCAGUAUCUAAUUGCAGUUGAAUAGAAAUUUUUAGAAAAUCAAUGCAUCAUCUUGCAACUCUGGAACCAUACCAGCCAGACUGGUGGUGAAAGAAUCUGGGUUAAGAUGCAUGCUCAAAGUAGGAUGGUACUAAGAUUUCCUUGCACUGCAUUUAAGAACAUGA